AUGACUCCACCUUCUGCUUCACCAGUUCCGUCUGCAGUCUCUUCUACCACGAACUCUUUACAUUCACAUGACCGGGAUGGAGACCCUUCGGUAACACGCGCCCUGGCGGGCAUGACUGUUUCCCCGCCGAAUGGGGAGGUUCUCUCCCCAUCGGCCACCUCCCCAGCUCCCAAGCAGACCAAAGCCAAUAUGGCUGCCCGUUUUUCGCGCAUGUUCUCCAGCUCAGGGAAGGUCCCUCAGCAGAAGGAACAGCAGAAGGAACAGCAGAAGGAACAGCAGAAGGAACAACAGAAGGAACAACAGAACCACGACAUCCACAGAGAUCUAUCCGACAGUAGCCUCGAAAGUAUCCAGGCACCAUCCAGUCAUAAAGAGAAACCUUCUUCAAAACCUUCAUCCCGUGCGAACUCAAGACCUCCGUCCCGCACGCCUUCUCGCCAGCCCUCUCUGAAGAACGAGCCUAUUGAGAAGGACAGCAAAAAGAAAAUCAAUGGCAGCAAAGCAGAGAAAGAGACCGCAGUUGCCCCGCAUAAGCGAUUUGAACUCCUCCCCGAGCACCUGGGACACCACUGUCACCACCUUCGAAGUGCCCGCCGGCAAGAAAAGCUCACCGAUCUUCUUCGCGAUAUGCUCGGAGCCCGCAAGAAGGACGAUCAGGUGGACGAGCAGCAACUUUCCCUUAUGUCGACCUGGAUCGACCAGUUCAGAACCGAACGAGACAAACUCGCCGCCGACAAGAAGGGUGGCCCGAAUGCCACCGCAUCUCUGGUCGACAAAUACGGGAAAUGCCAGGAGAUUGUAGGCCGCGGCGCCUUUGGCAUCGUCCGCAUCUCACACAAAGUCGACCCGGCCGAUUCGAAAUGCGAACAGCUGUAUGCCGUGAAAGAGUUCCGGCGCCGUCCUCAGGAGACAGCCAAGAAAUACCAGAAGAGACUCACUUCUGAAUUCUGCAUCUCUUCAUCUCUUCGUCACCCAAAUGUCAUUCACACUCUAGAUCUCCUGCAGGAUGCCAAAGGCGAUUACUGCGAGGUCAUGGAGUAUUGUGCCGGAGGUGAUUUGUAUACCUUGGUCCUUGCCGCUGGAAAACUCGAGGUUGCUGAGGCAGACUGCUUCUUCAAACAGCUGAUGCGCGGAGUUGAAUAUAUGCAUGAGAUGGGUGUUGCCCAUCGUGACUUGAAACCCGAGAAUCUGCUAUUGACUACCCACGGUGCGCUGAAGAUCACCGACUUUGGCAACGGUGAAUGUUUCCGUAUGGCCUGGGAAAAAGAAGCCCACAUGACAGCGGGCCUCUGCGGAUCGGCACCUUACAUUGCGCCGGAGGAAUACACCGAGAAGGAAUUUGAUCCUCGCGCUGUCGACCUGUGGGCUGUUGGUGUGAUCUACAUGGCUAUGCGUACUGGUCGACACCUGUGGCGAGUGGCCCGCAAAGACGAGGAUGAAUUCUAUCAACGUUACUUGGAGGGUCGCAAGCACGAGGAUGGCUAUGCGCCUAUUGAAACACUACACCGGGCACGUUGCCGAAAUGUGAUCUACUCUAUUCUAGAUCCCAACCCCUCCCGCCGCAUCAACGCAUCUCAAGUGCUCAAGUCCGAGUGGGUACGACAGAUCAAGCUUUGUAAGGCGGGUGAGGAAGGAUUCUAG